UUUCUUCGGCGUGGUCUCACCCGCGAUUUAAGGCAUAGGUGUCGCCAAGCCGGGAGGCUGGGAGUCGCCGGGUGUGCGGGGGAGAAGCUUGGGCUGUGCAGCGGCGAGGGGGCGGAGGGAGAGGGCAGGCUAGGCGGGAAGGUGGGCUCUGGCCGCCAGGAGCGGGGGAUCGAGCCACCGCCGCCGGCCCUAGCGGGGAUCAAACAAGAGGAAGGGGCCGCAGUCCUGGGAGGGGGCCCCACCAUGCCCAAAGCCUUCCUGGUGAAGAGGAGGAGCUUGGGGGUCGCCGUCCGCAGCUGGGAUGAGCUCCCGGAUGAGGAAAGGGCAGACACCUACAUCCCAGUGGGACUAGGCUGUCUGCUCCACGACCCCCCAGAAGACUGCCGCAGCGACGGCGGUAGCAGCAGCGGCGGCGGCGGUAGCAGCGCGGGGGAACCCGGAGGCGCGGAAGGUAACUCGUCCCCGCGCGCCCCGGAAUGCGAAACCCCGGAGCUUGGCGACGCCGAGGGCCGCGAUGAACUUCUGGAGGCGAAGCAGCGCCCGGUCGCCAGGUCGAAAAUCAAGUUCACCACAGGCACAUGCAGCGACCCAGCCGUUUACAAUUGUGACCUGUGUGGCAAAGGCUUCCGCCUGCAGCGCAUGCUCAACCGACACCUCAAGUGUCACAACCAGGUAAAAAGGCACCUGUGCACCUUCUGCGGUAAAGGCUUCAACGAUACCUUUGACCUGAAGAGGCACGUCCGCACGCACACAGGCAUCCGCCCCUACAAAUGCGACGUGUGCAACAAAGCCUUCACCCAGCGCUGCUCCUUGGAGUCCCACCUGAAGAAGAUCCAUGGGGUGCAGCAGCAGUAUGCCUACAAGCAGCGCCGGGACAAGCUCUAUGUCUGUGAGGAUUGCGGCUACACGGGCCCCACCCAGGAGGACCUGUACCUGCAUGUUAACAGUGCCCACCCGGGUAGCGCAUUUCUCAAAAAGACAUCCAAAAAACUGGCGGCACUUUUGCAAAGCAAGCUGACGGCCACGCUCCAGGGGAAUGCCAACCUGAGCGAGGAGGAGAAGUGAGGACGGUUGACAUUGUGGCUGCAUUGACAUGGAAUUUUGGUUUUGAGGGUCCAAACCUCACUGGCUCUUCCUAAUUUCAAGUGUUCAUUUUGUAUCUCUGUCCCUCUGGGGCCUCAGCGGGGGAUGUGUUUCUAACAUUUCAAUUGUUAAUAGUGGUAUCAGGUCCCUGAACCUUUGUCCUACUGAACAGUUGCAUUGAAAAGCUUGUGGAUGGCUAUGAGGGAUUUAAUUUUUUUCUUUUUAGAAUUUUCACACAUGGAGACAGACGUAUUCCCUGAGAGAUCAUUAUUUUAUGGUGCCUUGAAAAAAAGGACUCCUACUUGAAGUGCUACUAGAGCAAGGAAAAUGAAUUU